AUGGGGCAGGCAAGCACUCGGAUGGAUUUUGAAUGGUCAUACACUGAAGAGCCCCAUGCGUCGCGAAGAAAGGAAAUUCUCAGCAAAUAUCCCGAGAUCAAAGAACUGAUGGGGCCAGACCCUCAACUCAAAUGGAAAGUCACUUUCCUCGUAUUAUUCCAAAUCGUCACGCUGUUUUGGGUCCGUGAAUUCAGCUGGCCAACCUUAUUGAUUUGUGCCUACCUGGUCGGAGGCGUGAUAAACCACGCGCUAAAUUUGGCCAUUCAUGAAAUUUCCCACAAUCUGGCGUUUGGACACUCGCAUCCAAUGUUGAACCGUGCACUCGGAAUGUUUGCCAACCUACCAAUUGGUGUGCCCGUGUCAAUAUCUUUUAAGAAGUAUCAUAUACUUCAUCAUCGGUAUCAAGGCGAUAGGGAGCUCGAUGUUGAUGUCCCAACUGAAUUCGAAGGAAGGUGGUUCGCAACAACCGGAAUGAAGUUUCUUUGGCUCAUUCUACAGCCAGCGUUUUACAGUAUCAGACCCUUGUUGCUCUUGCCCCUUCCAGUCACUGGUCUUGAGCUUAUCAACAUUUUGGUACAGGUUGUGUUCGACGGCCUCGUUCUCUAUCUGUUUGGCUGGAAAGCUCUCCUGUACUUGUUCAGUGGAACACUGUUAGCAAUGGGAGUCCAUCCAGUGGCUGGACACUUUAUUUCAGAGCACUUCGUAUUCGAUGAAAAAUUUGAAACCUACUCGUAUUACGGAAUUCUCAACUUGCUUACGUUGAAUGUUGGCUACCAUGUGGAACAUCAUGAUUUUCCCUACAUCAAAACUACCUCUGGUAUGUUGCUACUAGUAACUCGGGUGCGCUUCUUUGUUGUUGGUCUGUUCGCCGAGCUUGGUAGUUGGAUUGCAAAGGUUUUGUCACCAAUUGGGAUGACAUUAUCACUGAGAAAGAUUGCAUCAGAGUACUAUGAAAACUUACCGCAUCACACGUCUUGGGUUAAGGUGCUCUACGAUUUUGUGAUGCGGCCGGACAUUGGACCAUUUGCGAGAGUCUGUCGUCGGAGGCGAACUAAUUUAGCUAAUGAUGAUUCGUACGAAGAAUAA